AAUCGGUCUCCAUUGCCUUUCGCCUCUUGAUCCUAUUUCUCUCCACCGUCUUUAUGUACCAGAGACUACUGCUCAAUCUCUAUCCCAACUUUCUACUCAACUAACCGCUUGCAACUUCAACACAAUACUCGAGCUAAAAAACUCACUUCAAAUUUUCCUUUCCUUACUUUCUCUAAGUCUUUUAGUCACAUAUUUCAGGACCAUAAAAGAGGAAACAUAAUGCUAUUCAUGGGGUUAAGUGUGCAGUCUGUGUUGGAUUUGGUAGUGGCAGGGAUUUCUUUGAUGAUUGGUUUUGGCAUUUUUGCUUUCAUUGCUUCCAUUCUAUGCUCGAUCGCUUUCUUGCACAACGCCAAGGCCAUUUCUUGAUCCAUAUGUGGAGGUCCAUAUUCUUCGCCAACAAUUGUCACUUUAUUUGUAGAAACAAUGGUGGGUAUUAAUCCGAAUUUUGUUAUAGGACUAAAAAAAUUGCUGUGAUCAUGUCUUGAACUCAAUUGGUUUUGGAUCCUAAUGUUUGUCUCAAUUAGAAUUUUCUAUGACCAAUGUAUGACUUAUUGAAUCUAGUACAUGUAUUCUCCGUUAGUUUUAGUGAAAUCUUUUGUCAUCUUUCCUCAAGCAUGUAAUCAAUUUUUGCUUGGGCUCUCUGACAUUACUGUUAUGUUGAUUUUUCAUCUGUCCAAUCUGAAUUUGAAUUAGAGGUAAUCAUGAAUACAAAGUUAGCUAAGACUAUGUUUUGCAAAUUUUUUGAGUCUAUAAGCAUUUUUCAGUUCUCAGUCUCACCCUCCUCCAUACUUUCUUGUAGUGAUCAUGCAUAUUCACCACAGUACCCGUCUGUUUAAAUUUCUCAGUGAAGCUUAUUGUGGAUUAUCAGCCGUGUGAUUUUCAUAUGCAGUGUAUACUUUACAUGCAUUUCCUAACAAUUAUUUUUGUUUUCACAAUAUACAACAUUGAU